AUGGGUUUUCCGCCCUUCUCAAUAACUCUAGCGAUAAUCGAGUCACUCCCCAACAGCCGCAGUUUGACCUGGUCUCUUCCCUCCGCGAGGCCCUUGCGCGCUCCAAAGCAUCGUGGGCACCUUGACCAUGCUACGUCCUUUUCGUCCCUGUCUUGGUGGUCCAAGGGGAAUGUUGAAGUGGAUAAUUGGGCAGUGGCAUACCGCCAUCAGUUGGAGGCUUCUAACCAACUGAUUGCACCCAAUGCUCGCUUCUUUACUGAAUUGGCCGCUCUCUAUAUCAGAGACGUUAAGCACUCUCGAUUGGACCCAGACUACAUCCAAGAGCUGGUGGCGCUUCCCGCCCUACGCAAGAGGUGGCGCGAGAAACUCACGGUCACCCCAGAGGCGGAGUCGGAAACCGACUGGACCAGUCUGGCCCGGGCAAUGCGCUCUCUCCCUGCGGGCGUCCAACGCUGGACCACAAAGCACGUGGUGGGUAUGUGCGGUGUCGGCAAGUUUAAGGUACGAUGGGGAUAUGACACAUCUGCUGCAUGCCCAUGCUGUGGCGAGUUCGAAGAUCACCUACACAUACCUCGAUGCAUGGCUCCAUCCACCAGCGCUGAAUGGGAUCGCCAGACAGUGGCCCUGGAAUUAUGGCUGGACACUCAAGUGACAGAUCCGGCCAUCAAACAUGCCCUCCUCUCCCUCCUUAAAGGCGUUUGCGAUCCAUCCCUCCCGUCCAUCCGAGUGGUACCAGGUCGACUGCGUAGCGCCUUCCAAUCCCAGCAAUGCAUUGGCUACCAAGGGCUAUUGGAAGGAAGAUUGUCCUGCCAAUGGGCCCCGUUGCAGGAGGAAUAUCUGCAGUCGCGCGGGAGCCAACGCUCUCCGACCUUAUGGGCCUCACGCCUCUUGCAUCAGUUGAUUUUGCUGGGCUUCCAGUUGUGGGCACAUCGGAACUUGGUACAACACUUGGAGGACAAUGUACAGUGA